UCCGGGGAGAAGAAGAGGAAGAAGAAGAAGAACACAGAUGGCUAACGUUAGCAUUGAUGUUAGCUAGCUGCGGUCUUAGUGAAAAUGUCGCACUCUUCGUGUGUUUUUCUUUUUCCCGCUGUCUUUUAAAAACCGUGUCCGCGCUCUCGGCCAGUUCCCGCCUCCGCGUGCGUGUUUGGGCGUGUUUGGGCGUGUUUUUGAGGCGGCGUCUGAGAGAGGAUUGUGGGAAACGGCAGCCAUGGCAGCACCGGUGAACAUCCAGACAACGAGCAAGACGUGGGAGUUGAGUCUGUACGAGCUGCACAGGAGCCCGCAGCAGGAGGCGAUCAUGGACGGGACAGAGGUGGCCGUGUCUCCUCGCUCUCUGCACAGCGAGCUCAUGUGUCCCAUCUGUCUGGACAUGCUGAAGAACACCAUGACAACCAAAGAGUGUCUGCACCGCUUCUGCUCCGACUGCAUCGUCACCGCUCUGCGAUCAGGGAACAAGGAGUGUCCAACCUGCAGGAAGAAGUUGGUGUCCCGACGUUCGCUGCGUCGAGACUCUAACUUUGACGCGCUGAUCUCUAAAAUCUACCCGAGUCGCGAAGAGUACGAGGCUCAUCAGCAGCGAGUCCUGGAUCGACUCAACCGACUCCACAACCCGGACGCUCUGAGCUCCAGCAUCGAGGAGGGGCUGAGACAACAGGCGCGCUACAGGUCUGAGAGGAACCACCGGGUGAAGAAGCCGACUCAGGAAAGUGACAACACCACAUUCAGUGGUGGGGAAGACAACGGUGACACCCGGUCACACGUGUCCCAUGACUCCACCCCCUCACACAUGCCACACCCCUGUGGGCAGACAUCCUCAGAGGCCGGGCCGAGCCGCAAGAGGCCGCGUGUCUCAGAGGACGGCUCGGGGCUAGAGGCUGACAGCGGGAGCCCGACGCCUCCACUGAGACACCAGGAAGAGGGGCCGGCCUCAGAGAUCGAGCUGGUGUUCAGACCACAACCACAGCUAGUCCACCGCCACGACUACAACCAGACCAGAUUUGUGAAGACGACAGCCAACGCCACUGUGGACCAUCUGUCCAAAUACCUGGCUCUGCGCAUUGCUCUAGAGGACAGACGGACCAAUGAGGAGACACAGGACAGGGGGAGGGAGGGGUCCAGUCUGAGCCAAGUCAGUGAGAAACAGUACACCAUCUACAUCAUCACCCAAGGAGGACAGUUCUCUACGCUGAACGGUUCUCUGACUCUGGAACUCGUCAAUGAGAAAUACUGGAAGGUCAGGAAACCGCUGGAGCUCUACUAUGCUCCCACCAAGGAGCAACCUGCACCAUCACCUCCCCACCACCAGAGGUCUCCUCUUCCUCAGAGGGAGGGAUGAGGGGGAGGAGUCUGCAGCUUUUGCCGUGUUCAUAGCAUCAUUGCUGUGUUAUUUUUUAUAUACGGAGUCAGAUUUUACAUGAAACAGAAUUGGAUUUAAAUGAUUUUCUAACAGUUCUGAUUGUUGACGUGAUUUUUAAUUACUUUUAUAAUUAAAAAUCUUUAAUUAGCAGCGGUGCCAAAAUUACAGAAGAGUAUUAGUGCCACAUGUUAAAAGGUUUUUGUAAGGUUUCUGAGAUGAAAGACAGAUUAAAGUGAGGUUGUGUGUAGUAUUUAGUAAUUUGGCAGCUGAAUUUUAAAUAUUUGACUAAAUUUUUUCCCCCUAAAUUCUAUGAAGUGGGACUUUUGAUUAAGUUACAUCCCAUAAUGUCACAGUGGUAGGGCAGCAGAGCGACAAGCAGGAAAAAGGAAAUCUGAAUCUGCGACUCCUUUAACUUUUUUUUUUUUUUUUUUAAUAGACUGAAAUUGUUUUUCUUAAACUCGCUUCAGUCGCAAUCUUUAAUCUCUUGUCUGCCAUCGGCUCAUGUCCCAGCAUGCAUUGAGGCAAGCCGCCGCCCCGUCUCGUGCACACGUUACCGUUACGUUCCCCGUUAAAAGCCAUAAACAUGGAGACGACGCAGGACUCUGCGUCUUCUUCUCCUGACGCACUUUAACAAAAACAUCCAAGUCUUUGUUCUUCAGCUCAUUUUAAUCUUUAACCAAAGAUUAAAAGAAUCUAAUGUCAAA